AUGGAGAACUGUUCAGCUAGUGUUGCUCCACUUCAAAAAGGGGAUAAGUUUAGUCUCAUGCAAUGCCCUCAAAAUGAAUGGGAACGUAAACAGAUGGAAAGAAUUCCUUAUGCUUCUGCUGUAGGAAGCUUGAUGUAUGCACAGACAUGCACUAGGCCAAACAUCAGUUUUGCAGUUGGUGUGCUGGGCAGAUACCAAAGCAAUCCUGGAAUGGAUCAUUGGAAAGCUGCGAAGAAAGUGAUGAGGUAUUUGCAAGGAACAAAAGAUUAUAUGCUUACUUUUAAAAGGUCUGAUCAUUUAGAAGUGAUUGGCUACUCCGAUUCAGACUUUGCCGGAUGUGUUGAUAGUAGAAAAUCAACUUUUGGUUAUCUAUUUUUAUUAGCUGGAGGAGCAAUUUCAUGGAAAAGUGCAAAGCAGACCAUCAUUGCUUCAUCCACAAUGGAAGCUGAAUUUGUGGCAUGCUUUGGGGCCACAAUUCAUGGUUUAUGGUUGCGAAACUUUAUUUCAGGACUUGGAAUUGUCGACACUAUAGCCAAGCCGCUGAAAAUUUAUUGUGAUAAUUCUGCAGCUGUGUUUUUCUCCAAGAACGACAGAUAUUCUAAUGGUGCUAAGCAUAUGAAGCUUAAAUAUUUUGCCGUUAAGGAAGAAGUUCAGAAACAACGAGUGUCUAUAGAACAUAUUACUACAACGCUUAUGAUUGCAGAUCCAUUAACAAAAGGGUUACCACCAAAGACCUUUAAGGGACAUGUUAACAAAAUGGGUCUUUCUUGUAACCCAUUGUGCCCAUAA